UUCUAGUUUUUCAAAAACAAGUUGAUCCUCAAACCAUCCCUAGUCUUGCGCAGGGACAUUGGAACCGGCCUUCUACAGUUCUACCCUGUCGAUCUCCUAUCAUCGUAUCCGUUGAGAGAAAGAGACGAUCAUCCGCUUAACCUACCAAUGGAAGAAGCUGAAUUUCGACGCAUUCUGCACUUAUUCCCAGUCGUUCGUUCCCGCGAUUAUCAUAUUGAAUCAGAUUUGGGAAGGCAAUCAACUGGACUCAUUGGGAGGAACGAGUUGAGGGAGUGGCAGGAUUCCUUCUAUGGGGCUGGUGGAAGGGGAAUUGAGAUCCAAGAAACGGGAGGAUAUGGUGGUGUUUUUUGGGAAAAAUUAAGACUGACUACUGAAAAGAAGGUGGGAAAAGUCGAGGCAGAAAAAUUUUGCAAGGCGUUCAAGAGAAUUCACAACCAACUGGUGUAUAAAGAACUGAGUUUAGAUGCUGCCAGGCGAUUCGCCAGCUCAUCUUACAGUCCCGACGAAUAGCUUAAGAACAAUUUCUUUCUACUCAUCUUUUUUUUAUUGCAAUCAAUAACUUUAGGAGUGAAAUAUAUGGAUAUAUGACAGAUUAUGUUUCUCUUAUGUUAUAAUGGCAUAUAUAUUAAUCUUUUCCCUUAUUAUCCAAAUUUUCUCUGG